GGCAUCGUAUAAAACGGUCAGCCUGACCACUUAUCAAACAGUUGUUGUUAGUGCCUACGACCAGGAUGGGCGAAAGUGGUGGACAGGGGCGUCGCAGAUUCCACUUGGUCCUGGGUUGCAUACUUGCGGUUACGGCCUUGGCCACGGAUACGACUUAUGCUGCGGAAGAACAAUGCAAAGCGGGAUGCAAAGGAGCGUCGCAUACAUUUAAAUACGCAGCGGGAACCACUUACAAAUAUGAUUACGACGGCACGAUCGAAGUCAGCCUAUCGUCGGCCGAAGGCCAAUCGACCAGCACCGAAGUGAAGGCUCAGGUGCUGCUGACGCAACAAGCCAACUGUAACCAGGUGCUCAAGCUCGAAAACGUCCAAGUGUUGGAUUCCAAGGGGAAGAAACAGGGAUCUAUCCCGGAUAUAGAGCGGCCGAUCCGCCUUAACGUCAACGACGGCGUCAUCGAUGACGUCAUCUGCGUCGAGCAGGGCGACAACCAGAACUCAAUCAACGUCAAGCGCGCCAUCGCGUCCUUAUUCCAGGCUUCGCUCAAAUCCAGCUACGAGACGGAUGUUUUCGGCCGAUGCCCCAACGAAAUUUCCUCCCACAAAGAGGGCAACGUCUUGGUCAUCCAGAAAGCCAGGAACCUCAACAAAUGCUCUUACCGAGAGCACAUCCAACAGGAUUUCCUGGCAACCGCGUUCGACCUCAAUAGCGAGGUCAAAUCGAGCCCGAUUUUGAACGGCAACUAUCGCGCCAAACUUAGAAUCAAGAACGGCAUCUUAGACCAAGCGACCGUCACCGAAAACUAUCUGUAUGUGCCAUUCUCCGUCGGCGAUAACGGCGCCAAGGCGCAGGUCACAAGCAAGCUUCAGCUGACCGGACAGUCGAAGGACAGCGUCAAAGCGGCAUGCAACAAACCUAGAUCGAUCAUAUUCGAAAACCCCCACCCGAUAACCGCCCCGAGCAGCAACGCAAAAACUGUGUUCGACGCGGUUAAAAAAGCGGCGGAAACCGUCGGCGACGUGGUCGGCGAGAACACCGCCCAGGAGUUCGUCAACGUGGUGAAGACGGUGCGCACGGCGAAGAAGGUCGACAUCCUAACCGCUUACAAUCAGAUCAAGACGGGUGCGGGUCUCCAGAAUAAAGAAACCGGCAAACGUCUGUAUCUUGACGCGGUAUUGCGAGCCGGUAACGCCGACGCCGUCGAGGCCGUCAUCGAGCUCCUCACCCAGAACGAACUUGACGUCGUGGAACAACAACUGGCCUACGUCGGGCUGAGCUUCGUGCGCCAUGCAAGCGAGGACUCGCUCAACACCGCCAUCAAGCUUCUGGACGCUCCGAAAUUGCCCCGCGUCGCUUACCUUGGGGUCGGCAACUUGGCCGCCAAAUUUUGCCGCCAGCAUCCGUGUCAUGACGUGCCCGCGGUCAAAGCUCUGUCAGACAAGCUCCUUUCCAAAGUGGCCGCCAAGGCGAACAAGAGGGAGAAGGAAAACGACAUCGUCUACGCGAUCAAAGCGAUCGGCAACCUGCACCACCUCAACGAUAAUGUCAUCCAAAAAUUGGCGAAUAUCGCGCAGGAUAAAUCGGCAGCCAACAGGAUAAGGGUGGCCGCGUUGGAGGCUUACCUGGCGGACGGGUGCAAGGACAAGCUGAGGGAUAGUGCGUUGCAGAUUUUGAUGGACAUCCAGCAGGAUUCGGAGAUCAGAAUCAAGGCCUACUUGGCUCUCGCUCAAUGCCCCAACGCCAAAAUCGGAAGCGCUAUCAAAUCGCUAUUGGAAAAAGAACCCAGCAUCCAGGUGGGCGGCUUCAUAGCGUCCCAUAUAAGGAAUAUCCGUUCGUCUGCGAGUCCAGACAAAGUGCUCGCGAAGCAGUACCUCGGCUUCGUCAUCCCCAAGCGGUUCCCCAUCGACCCUCGCAAGUGGUCCUUCAACAGCGAGUUCUCUUACGCGGUGGACACCCUCGGUCUGGCCGCCACCACCGAAACGAACGUGAUUUACUCGCAAAACUCCUGGCUGCCCAGGUCAUCUAGUCUGAACCUCACGGCGGAAAUCUUCGGCCACAACUUCAACUUCCUUGAAAUCGAGACGAGACAAGAAAAUCUGGACAAGUUGUUCGAACAUUAUCUGGGACCGAAAGGUAUCCUCAGGAGCUCCUCGUUGAGGAACCUGGUGGGCCGGGGCAAGGAGCAGUACGAGAAGAUCGCGGAGUACCUAGAAAACAAGCUCAAGGAGGAAUCGAAGAGGAAUAAGCGCGACGUCAGCGACGCCGAGAUCAAAGACAUCGCAGAAAAAAUCAAAAUCAGGACGAACGAGUUGAACAAGGACCUCGACCUAGAUGUCAGCCUAAAGGUUUUGGGGUCCGAGGUGGAGUUCUGGAAUAUUUACAGCACCGACAAGCUCACCCCCGAAGCCAUCAUCGAUAAAAUCGUGGACGCGUUGAACAAGGGCCUGGACGAGCUGAAGAGCUUCCAGCACACAAUCCGCUCCAACUUAUUGUUCCUCGACGCCGAGAUCGACUAUCCGACGUCUCUGGGCUUCCCCCUGCGCUUGGCUGUGGAAGGUACCGCGAGUACUCAAAUCAAAGCCCAAGGCAACAUCAACCUGCGCCAGCUCUUGCGCACGCCCAAAGGCAGCAGCGUCAAGGUCAAACUAAUCCCAAGCACCAACGUUCAGGUGUCCGGCAGGCUGACUCUCGACGCGCUAACACUCGAAAAUGGAUUAAAGGUUGUUUCCACUCUGUACUCGUCUUCAGGAGCGGACCUGUCCCUGUCGUGGCCCGACCAAGGCAGCGGCUUCGACCUCAAGCUCGGUUUGCCCGUACAAGAACAGAAACUGAUCUCGGUCAACCACGAGAUCGUUUUCCACACCAGAGAACAGAGCGGAGCGGAGAAUAACUUGCCGUUGAAGUUCACGCAAGUGAAAGACUUCUCGAUCUGUCUCGACCAGCUGAGUCCGUUCAUAGGGUUGACGAUUUGCGCGGAAGUCAAUGGACCGAAUCUGGGCGGUCAGCAGAUACCCAUCUUACCUUUCCCGUUGGCCGGGGAUGCCAAGAUCGCCGUCACCGUAGAGAACGAUGACGUGUUCGAAUACCACAUAAAGGAAAUCGUGAAGGAACCUCCGACGCACGCUGAUAUCAUCCUCGAAACCAUCGGCAAAGACCAAAAGAGGAAAGUGGCUCUGGAACUGACGGCGGAAUAUUCCCCCGAAAAGUUUCUCAAGGCGGUUUUCAGCUCUCCUAUCAAGUCCGCUUCCGCUGAAGCUAGGAUCGUAUCGACCAACGUGGAAAAGUCGAUACUGGUACGCGUCACCCACGACAAGGAUGAGUUCUCGGGGAAGUUGGGCGUCGGUAUCUCGGGGACGCCGGAGAGGAGCGCGUACAGGCCCAUCCUCGAGUACAAAACUCCCGAUGGCAGUCAGCCGUUGCCGGUUAAUGUGGAGGGUCAGAUAAUUGCGGAAACGGACGGCGGCAACGUCAAAUACAUCUUCGACAACGUUAGGCUGGUGACCGCGGACAAGACGGUCAGCGUCAACGGCAAUAUUGGCAAAGAGGGCGGGGCGAUUUUCGGCGACCUGACCGUCUCUGACGGCGUCAAUUCGGCCGCGUUCAAAGGUCGUCUCCAAGCAACCAGCGAACAAUUCAAGUUCAACGUCGAGCUCCAGAACAGUUUUAACAGCAACGCGAACUUUAACCUCAAGGGCGAGCUGAAGAAGCUGCCUAACGAGCUGGACAGCUCGAUCCGGCUCGUCCACGGUCCGGACCUGAGCUCUAAGACGAAUAUCCUGACCAUAACCAACAGCUUCCUGAAAAAGUACAACUCGGUGGACGACUUUAAGAUCGAGACCAAGAACAAGCUCACUUACCCGCUGUUUGGCGUCAGCGGCAAACUGGAGUUCGAGCAGACCCCGAAGAGCCUCGACUACGACAUCAGUGUCGAGUAUGGUGACUUGAAACUCGGUUCCGAGUUGGAGGCCAACGUCAAUAAGAAAACGAAGGGUGACUACGAGAUCGAAUUCGAAGUGUGGGGCCUGGACAACAAGUUGGAAAUCAAGUCGAGGCGCCAAGUGUUGUCCGCUGAGGAGAGCAAGAUCAGUCACACCCUGCAGCUGAAUGACAAGAAAAUCGAGGUCGACGGUAAAGUGAGGCAUGUCGUGAGGCCCCAACACAUCGACAUUGGAGCCGAAGUCACCCUGAAACUGCCAACACACAGCACUCCCAUCAAGGUCAGCCAUGGUCUCAAAGUGAACGCAUUGGAGUUGGACGCACACCAGAAGAUCACUUCCGGCAGCGACAUCAUCGUUGAUGGGUUCCUAAAGGCCAAUAAGGACGGCGACGCAAACGGCAGCCUAAAAGUGAACGUCAAAGACGUGGUUACGAUUAACGGGCAAGUGAAAUCGCAGAAAGGAGUCGGAUCAGGCGACAUUUUGGUCGAUUUGCGCGGCAAGCGACAAAUCAAAGCGGACGCCACGUUCAAGAUUCAGCUGCCGAAUACGUUCGGGCUUACUGCGAACCUUUAUCCGUCCUACGGCAAGGAUAAAAACCUGAAACUGUCAGUGAUUACGCAAACCAAGCUGUCGGAAACCGACUUGGAUACCAGCAAUAACCUUGAUUUCUUCGGCAGCAAGCUGGAGGUCAACGCGAAACUGUCGAAGACUGGCGACGAGAGGACCGGCAAGGCGAGCGGAGAAAUCGACGUUACGCUGCCGAGCGAGCAGUAUUUCUUAUCCAAGUUCAAUUGCGAGCACAAAGCCGCCAAUGACUUGCUCGACGGCCACACUCAGGGCAGUCUCGAGUACAGGAAAAACAAAAACUCUCCGGGCAGAAAGGUCAGCCUGAAAUCGAACUGGAGGAACACCAACCCCAAGGAGGGUAUUCUGGACGUAGACGGUACUUUGUCGGCGGACGACAGCAACGGUCAAAACAUCAACGCCGACGUUUCGCUGAAGAGGCUGCCGAAAGGCGACACCCUCCAGAUUCAAUUCGACACCAAAAUCUACGGCAGUAUGCUCAAAAACCCGUUGGAAAGCAGCUUCACGGGCCACGUCGACAAAACUUCCGGAAACUAUGAGACGAAAGCAAGUUACGGCGCUGCCAACGCGUUAGACGUCAAAGGUCGACUUGACUUGGGAGGCGGGGCCAAACCCCUAUCGGGCAGCUUCAACCUGGAUCUGAAGUCGGAGAGUAAUCUGGUGAAAUCGACCAAGGUCGAGUUGUCCGGCUCACUGACUAAACCGGAAAACCCUGCCAAUCAAGUGCUAGUGCAGGGCACAGCCAAUAUUUUCGCCGAUACCCAAGCCCUGGUCGCGAAAGUUAAUAGCGAUCUGACGAUCAGGGCAAGUCCCAAGACCGGCGAACUGAAACUUAACAUAGGCAAGAGCGAUCCGAUCGCAAUCGAAGCCAGUUACGGCGUCGACGACAAGAACGAAGAGUUGAGGGGCGGCGUCAGCGUUAAAUACGGCGACGGGAAAGUGGUGAAGAUUGAAGGAGACCUCUCGAGGAGUGCCGACCACCGCUACAAGCUCAGAACUGUCUUGCAGACCCCGGUCGAAGGCUACAAGAACGCCGAAUUGAACGUCGAGACCAAGAGGUCGCCUGAUCACAAGGAAAUCAACAGCCUGGCUCGGUUGAGCGUCGAAGGCAAGGAGUUCAAGUUGACCACGGACCUUGUGAUCAGCGAUCUCGCGCCAGUGAUCGACAUCAAGUUUCUUACGCCCGAAGGCAAGAGAAGCGAGGUGUACCUGAAAGUGAACCGCGUCAGCGAGAAGCAGUUCGGAGGAGAAGUCAAACUGCUCGACGAGACCUUCAAGCAGCUGAAACUGGACGCGGAUCUGGACGUCAAUGUGGGCAAUAUCGAGCAUUUCGUCAUCAAAGGACACCUCCAUUCUCCAACGCUGAAAGUGAACAAAGCAGCGUUCGAAUUCAAGAACAAAGGUGCGGGAAAAAUCGAAAUCAAUAUCAAGCAGGCGGACAAAAACUACGUCUCGGGCAGCACAGAUUAUAGAACAAGGGAUGAAAACGGCAAAUACAUAGCCGAAGGUUCAGGCACUUUCAAAGUGGGCGAGGAGACCAAGUCGGGCAACUUCAAGUACAUCAUGCAACAUCUCACGCCCGAGAAGAACAGCGAGCUCGGUUCCGAGGUGUCUUUUGACCUGGUACUGGGCAACAGGGCAGUGGACGCUGACUUUAAGAUUUCCAACAAGCAGUUCCGCGCGCAGACGUCUUACUGUGAGGAGAAGAAAGAGUGCGCCUCCGUCGAAAUCGACAACAAGAUCAACGUGAACGACGUCGAAAACUUUGACAGUGUGCUGGAAAUCAACCUGGACCUGCGCAAACUGGGCCUGUCCCACGAGUUCGGCCUGAAGUCGGAAACCAGCAGGAAGGGUUGGAUAGUAGAUCACACCGUCGACGCCCAUUUCGAAAACAAGGAGAACAGCAAAUACCAGUACAGUUUCUAUAUUCAUCCGAAAGAAUCGGGAGUGACCUUGACCACUCCCAAGCGCAUAGUCUCUUUGGAAGGUAAAUUCGACUACCCCCAUAACAUCAGGGAGGGUGGGAGAGGCGAGGGCGAGGUCGCCUUUUUCAUCGACAAGAAGAACAACCCUAACAAGAAAACCGCAUUGACUUGGUUCGUGGAGGUUGAUCCUAAGGGGAAAAUUGCCGGAGAAACCAAGUUCACCCACCAAGGACUGCCAAAGCCUCUGCUUGCGUCCUUUGUGGCUACGAGGGUUGGUGACCCGUACAAUGGCAAAUUGGAAAUUGUAGGAGAGUUGGAUGUCUUCGCCAAAGCCGACCAGAAGAUUGUGACGACUUACACCAGGCAAAUGGAAAUAGACGACGCGAGAACUAAGGGAACCGCUAAACUGCACCUGAAUAUUAAGAGUCAGGGACUGGGCAUUAACAUCGACGGGUCGGAAAUCCUGAGAGGCGACAAGGUCGGCAAAGUGUUGACUUACGAAAGCAAACUCAGGUACAAGGUCGGAAAGUCCGACUACGACAACGUCCUUUCCGGUAAAUGGGCGCCGAACGAAAUCAGCGGCCAGCUGAAACUGUGGAACGUCAACCUCAUAAAAGCCGUUCAUAAGCUGCGCGUCAAAGACCAAGACCACAUCGUGGACUCCGAGGUGUCGUCGUACAGGAACGAUCCCCUGGUCAGCCGCUUGGAGGUCAAGAAUUUCAAUACUUUGACCUACAGCUUAGGAUUUAAGAAAACGCCCACCAAAAAGCUGCAGCUCAACGCGGGUCUGAUACCGAGCCAAAUAGCGGACGUUCGUUCCGACUACCUCGACGGAAAUACCAAGACGAACCUGUUCCACGCAACCGUCAAACUCGACGACGCCGACUUCCUCAAGUCCGACUUUAAUGUCGAGUCGAAAGAAAUCGAAAAGGUUCUGGCGAGACUGAAGGAAAUCGCCUCCACUUACGCCAAAGAAGCUGAAAGCGUAGUUAAACAGUUAGGUCAGAGCGCCGCCAAAGAACUGGAACAGUUGAAGGCACUGACCAAGAAGGCAACGCCCAACCUGCAACCGCUGAAGAAUUUCUACGUGAAAGAACUGCAAGAGGUGAAGGACGAAAUCUUGAACGAUAAGAGUAUUAAGGAGCUGGGCGAAGCGGUGACUAAAGUGCUGGGCACCGCCAUCUCGGCGGCGUCGGAGAUCAUCGAACAAAUCAGCGCGCUGGUUGAGAAGAUAGCGCAGACGGUGCAAAACGCGUUCGUAGGUGUAGUGGACUCCAUCGAGAAGGAACUCUUGCCGCAGCUCGAACAGAUUGCGUCGAGGGUGGCGGCGGCCGCUAAAGAUAUACUCGAUCUCCAAUUGGACAUCGUCCUCUCGGUGUUCACCAAACUGGCCCAAGUAAUUGAGCAAUACAAGCCGGAACUGAAGGAACUAGCUGCGACGUUCGGCGAAUUGGGACGCGAUGUCGGCAGAUUUCUGCAAGCGUCGUUAGAGAACCUGCUGGAGACCGCCAAAGGGCUGUAUCGUAGGAUUGCGAGCGAGAUCAACGCGUCUCCCGUCUUCGACGAGCUCAAAGCCCAAUAUCAACUGUUUUUGAAGGAAGGGUUGCCGAAUGCUGACGCCAUCGUCAACACCGUCCGGGAGGUGUUCAUCACGAUCAAGGACGUCAUCCCCGCGGAGUUCAUCGUGCGCAACGAGAUCGUCGAGUUGCUGGACACCAUCGUUGAUUACGCCGAGAAGAAACUGAAGAACCAGCCGGUCGACGACGUCGCGGUGUUGGAGAAACUCGGCAAAGCCGUCGCCAACAUCGUCAGGAAGCUGGCUAGUCUCGUCUCCGCCGAAGGCUACGAACUGCCCGGUGCGAAAAUCGAAGGUUCACGCCUAUGGCCGGUCAACUAUUUCAAGAACUUGCCUCGUUUAAUAGCCGCCAGGCUGUCGCCUAUCACCUUCGUGCUCCAGCACGACAUCUCGAAGGAGAUAAGCGAUUUCCUGUUGUCGCUGGUGACGAGCCCGAGGAGGCUGUUCGCUCCAUUUCCGCUGUACGGCAUGGUGAUCCAGGGUCAGCACAUCUUCACCUUCGACGGCAAACACCUCACGUUCCCAGGCACCUGUAACUACUUGCUGGCCGGCGACGCCAUCAACAACAACUUCACCGUCGCGGCGGCCUACAAAAACGGUCUCCUUGCCUCCGUCACUUUAGCGGACCAAAAGGACUCAAUAACACUGGUAAAGGGCGGGCAGGUCAAACUCAACAACGUCGCCACCGAAUUGCCGGUUCGCAAACCCGACAUUGCUGCGUACAGAGACUACGAUAUCGUCACUUUGCGUUCUACCGCCGGAGUGGUCGUCGCUUGCCUAUCGGAUCUGCUCGGAUGCGAGGUGUCCCUUUCCGGUUUCUACCACGGUCAAGUCAAGGGUCUACUCGGCAACGGCAACAACGAGCCCUACGACGACUUCACCUUGCCCAACGGCAAGAUCGUGACUUCGGAAAGCGAAUUCGGAAACGCCUACAAGACAAAGUCCGGGUGUGCCAAUGUGGCCGCUCCAGCUCACGAACACGUACCGGAGGACCCGAAAUGCGCCGAGCUCUUCAGCUGGAAAUCGCCUAUGCGAUACUGUUACCCGUUUGUCUCCACCGAGAACUUCAAGAUCGCGUGUUCGCACGGCCUUGCCGCGAAAGUCGAAAGGACAGAAGAGGCAAUUGCCAGUGCUUACGUCGCCCUUUGCAACCAGAGGAACAUCCCCAUAUCGCUGCCCGAAGAACUCGUCAAGUGCCACAACGCGGAAAAGCCUUACGGCGUGGGUGACACCUUCAGCGUCAAGCUGCCAUCCCAAGCGGCCGACAUCGUGUUGCUGAUCGACACCAAGGCAGAGAACGAAGAGCUGUACAAGAACCUGGUGCAGCCGUUGGUCCAGAAUUUAGGGAAAGAACUCCACUCCAAAGGGAUCGACGACGUCGAGUUUCAUCUCAUCACUUACGGGGGCGAGAACCAGUGGCCGAGUCACGUAACCGUCAACGGCAAGCUCACCUUCAAGGGCGGAAAAGCGCCCCACAUUAAGUUUGGACAGGACCCGCAGAGCGACGAGCCCCUGAAGCUGGCCGGAACCUCUGAGAACGUGCAGAAGCUUAGCGAAGCCCUGUCGGAGAUCUUCAAAGACGUGGAAUUGGCCGCUGGGCUUGAUCUCCAGGCGAGGACCUACGAGGAAGGCAUCAACUAUCCUUUCAGAGCGAACGCGGUCAAAUCGAUCGUGGCAGUAGUCGGGAACCCAUGCAAAGUGGGACGAUUAUAUCCGUUGCAAAAGCUGAGGACUGCUCUUUACCGUAACAACCAGAUCAGCCUGAACCUGUUCACGCCGUUUGAGACGCUGACGCUCAAGGAUAACAAGAAGGUGAAGGACAUAGUAGGGUUCAACGGAGAGAACGUGUUUACAGUGUCCCAGGGUAAGAAGAGCCCCCGAGGAAGCGCCGAACUGCACAAAGAGCUGAACUAUGAAGAUUUCUGCGUGGACUUUACUCUAGCGAAUCGCGGCAACGUGUUCGUCAACAACAACUUCCUAGGCAACAAGGCCGACCAAAAGCAGUUCGUGCAUAUAGCGGCGACCAACAUCGUCGAUCAGUUGAUCAAUCUUGAACAGGGACUCGAUUGUGAAUGCAAAAUGAUCAACGGUUGGAACGCCAGGAACAUCUGCACGGAGGCGUACAGCAAAGAAAGAUCGACGAAAAAGGUGUAAACGUUGGAUCCAUUCGAGGAGUGGGACUUUAUAGGUUAAAGUAACCUGAGAUCUUACCGUGGUUAAGUUAGGAUUAGAGUCGUUAUUAACGUUUUUUUACAAGAAAUAAAACAAGGUAUUGUAUUUUGUAUAAAUUAUUAUGUAACGUUUAAGAAUCAACGAGUCGAAUGUCAUGAAUAUUACAAUAAAAGAAAUAAAAAAUAGUAAUUAAA